ACUUCAGAAAUGCUUAUAUCUGAAAUCAAUGACACUCAACCAGGGACUUUUGAUUUCAUCUACCUUCCACUUGUCAAAAAAGAUAGAAGGAAAAAUGUAGGUUAUGCUUUCAUCAAUAUGCUCUCACCUUCAAAUAUCAUUAGCUUUUAUCAGGCAUUUAAUGGCAAGAAUUGGGAUAAGUUACAAAACGAAAAAGUUGCUUCCAUCGCAUAUGCUCGAGUUCAAGGAAAGGACGAACUCAUAAUGGAAUAUGUGAUGAAAAAUGAAGACUCAGAUACUGUGGACAUGCAAAUUCGCCCGACAGUAUUUUUUUCAGAGAGCAAAUACCAAGAGGAAAGCGUUCGAUACAGGAACUUGAAUGUUCGCAUACAUCAACCAGAAAUGAUGUAGCUAUGAAUUUCUGAUGAUAUAUGGUAUGUCGAGAGCUUGAAGGAAAAUUCAGACAUUGAUGUAUUGAGAAUAUUGUUGUCCUGCUUGUAGUUUUUUUUUCUUCAUCUCCUUGUAUUUCGAGUUUUAACCCCAAAAAUUCAC